CCGGCACUCAAGACUCACAGGGACUUGAAAUCAAAGACGCAGCCAUGAAAGACCCGAGUCGCAGCAGUACCAGCCCCAGCAUCAUCAGCGAGGAUGUGAUUAUCAACGGGCACUCUCAUGAAGAUGACAAUCCCUUCGCCGAGUACAUGUGGAUGGAAAACGAAGAGGAAUUUAACAGGCAGAUCGAAGAGGAGUUGUGGGAAGAGGAAUUCAUUGAGCGCUGCUUCCAGGAGAUGCUGGAAGAAGAGGAGGAGCACGAAUGGUUCAUCCCAGCCCGUGACCUCCCACAAACAAUGGAUCAAAUCCAGGACCAGUUCAAUGACCUUGUUAUCAGUGACAGCUCAUCACUGGAGGAUCUGGUGGUCAAGAGUAACCUGAAUCCAAACGCAAAGGAGUUCGUUCCUGGGGUGAAGUACUUAAAUAUUUGAGUAGACUGGGCCCUCUCUUGGUGGAUGUAGCACAAUUUCCACACUGUGAAGCCAGUAUUAGAAGAUUUAAUUGUAAAAGCUCUUCUUCUUCUUGUCACUGUGUUACACUUAUGCAUUGCCAAAGUUUUGUUAGUCUUGCAUGCUCAAUAAAAAGUGCUGAGACUGUUAUUAAGUAAAAUCUGUCAAAAGUUUAAUGGAACCAUAAUUGGGCCCUGGCUCUCUGCGGAGGGGACAGCGAGGGUGAGAAGCACCAGUCAAGUUGGAGACAAAAGUACCACGUUCAUAAAAAAAAAACAAACCACCAACCUUCUGCAGACUCUGACUAUUUUUUAUUAAACCAGGACUGGGAAUUUGCUAGGGAUGGUCUGUUUUUAAUUAAAGAUGUGCUCGCUGGUGCUAGUUUGCACCUGAAAAUGCCUUAACUUCAACAAAAUGAAAGGGAGGAGAUUGAUUGUUAUGCAAAUUAGCCGACUUUUCCUUUGAAAUAUCAGUCUUGUUACUAAUGUUAAUUUUUUUUCCCUUAAAAAAACAAAAAAAACCCAAACAGCAAACAACUUUAUGCUCCUUUUAAACCAGGGUGAGCUUUAACAGACCUGUGCAGAGUCCUAGAUCUCCGCUGCCCAACUAAUUCCACCCCCUGGACCCCCAAAAUCCCCCAGCCUUGGUGGGAUGUGAUCAUGUUGGAAACCUUCUCCCCUCCCCACGCCGUUGGAGGAGGUGGGGGUCCCAUCCCAAUUUCUUCUCCGGACACAUAGCGCUGCCUAUGGUAACUUUUUAGCUUAAUGACUUUAUUCUAGCUGGAUUUAACCCAGAGAAACCCUAGCGGUAGUGAUUUGAGUGGUGCUUUUCCCUUGCUUUGUUUAAUCAUCACUACACAAUAGUCUACAGCACAACGACUUUUUUUUUUCUUGGGGAGGAGGGGGGGGGUUGUUUUGUUUUGUUUUAUUAUUAUUUUUUUUUUCUUUUAAUAAAGCUAGAACAGUUUUGGCUUCUUAAACUUCAUAUUCGGGUAGGUUAAGCUGCCAUACGUGUUCAGUGUGAAUAGUGUUUAAGUUGAAAAUAUUGUAAAAAAAUUAUAUUUUUUCAAAAAUAUUUAAAAAAAUAAAUAAUAGUAGAACCGA